GCUAUUAAAGGAGGAGAGAGAGACACACACAGAGACAUGACGGAGAGAUUGUACAUCUUUUCCAGUUCACAAUCUCACCUUGUACUCCAGGCCAGGCAAACGUUACCCAGCCUGGUGCCCCGAAGGAGCAUUUGCCCGUCUGUGAUAAUUCCCCCAGUUGGUGACCUGGCUGCACCAGAGACCCCAGCGCCGAUCUCCUGCUUCCCCAUCACCAUGAAGGCUUCUCUUGCUGUCUUCAUCCUCGCUGCUCUCCUGGCGACGGGGGCCUGUCUGCAGUGUGAGGUUUGCGAAGGGCCAGGAACCAGCUGCACGGGCGACCUACAGACCUGCGCCGCUGGAAUUGACUCUUGUGGCAUCACUCUGACAGAAGUCACAUUGGUGGGAAUGAAGCAACAGGUGAUUGCCAAGGGCUGUGUGACAUCCGGAAGUUGUAAAGGUGACCCCCUCACUAUGAAUUUUGGGAAUGGACUGACCAUGAAGGUGGGCAUCGCCUGCUGCAUGGGAGACGCCUGCAGAACAACCACUGUGACAGUGCCCCCGGCCGACACCAAACCCAAUGGCCGGAGCUGCCCAGCCUGCGUUGGUAUGCUUUCUGCUAAGUGCAAUGAAGAGAUCAUAGAUUGUACUGGAGCUGAGACCCGAUGUGUCGAGCUUGCUGGGACUACAACAAUGGGUGGAACAGUCACACCGGUGACCAUGAAGGGCUGUGCUACUGAGGCUUUCUGUGCAAAUGAAACAGAGGGUUCGGGGUCCUUUGCAGGCGUCAGUACGGAUCUAACUCUCAAAUGCAAAGCACCUGGCACAGCAUGGGGCCCAGCCGGGCUCCUCAUCCCUGCCCUCGCUGGGCUCCUCCUCACGCAGCUCCUCUCCUGAGCCCCCACCCAUGCAGUGGCCACACCGCACGGAAUAACACCCUUUCUGCCUGCGUCUGCUCCUCUCCGCAGCCACUGUCCCCUCCCAGGGGCUCCGCGCUCCCAGAUGGAUUCGCUUCCCCUUUAUUUUGUUCCACUGAAUAAAACAAACCAGAGACCAAAGUCUUUGGAGAUUUUUUAUUUUGUUGGGGAAAAUUUUAAUUCUAGUGGGUGGGGCUGCUUAGUCUUAGAGUGACCCCUAGUGGUGAAAUCAGGCGGCACAGCUGGGAGCGACAAUUCUUGAAAAAGUUAAAAUCAUUAGUUUUA